GCGUGUGUUCAGGCUGUGAGGGGGCGGCUGUACGCACCGGAACACACUUUUGCACACGCAGCCUACGUAGAUUUCCGGGUUCCUCGUCAGAUUAUGGGCGUAGAAAAAAGACAGAGCGACACUUCCUAAACAGCACGCCGCGAAUGAGCCACCAACUCCCGGGUCUGCUCCAGAAAACCCCCCGGAGAUCGAGCCCGUCCUGCGGCUGCGGCGUGCGCUCCACCUGCCCCUGUGUGGAGCCAAACAGUGUUUUAAAUCGCUGGUUCAAAGAUGGCGGUGAUGACGGCGAGUACGGCCAACUACCUGUGGUCACUGCAGGACGUCCUCGGACAGGGAGCUACAGCCAGUGUCUAUAAGGCUCGCAACAAGCGGACCGGGGAGCUGGUGGCGGUGAAAGUUUUUAAUGUGGUCAGUUACAACCGCCCACAUGAGGUUCAGAUGAGAGAGUUUGAAAUGCUGCGCAAACUCAACCACAACAACAUCAUCAGACUGCACGCCGUGGAGGAGCUGCCGUCGAAGCAGAAGGUUCUGGUGAUGGAGUAUUGUCCCGGGGGCAGUCUGCUGGGUGUCCUGGAGGACCCCGAGAACGCCUUUGGUCUGGCCGAGGCCGAGUUCCUCACUGUGCUGCAAUGUGUAGUGCAGGGCAUGAACCACCUGCGUGAGAACGGCGUGGUGCACAGGGACAUUAAACCAGGUAACAUCAUUCGUCAGGUCGGGGAGGACGGCCGCUCCGUUUACAAACUCACCGACUUCGGAGCCGCGCGAGAACUGGAGGACGACGAGAAAUUCAUGUCCAUCUACGGCACCGAGGAGUAUCUGCACCCAGACAUGUACGAGCGCGCCGUCCUCAGAACACCUCAUCAGAAAUCAUACGGAGUAAACGUGGAUCUGUGGAGCAUUGGAGUCACGUUUUACCACGCGGCCACCGGGACCCUGCCCUUUAUGCCGUUUGGAGGCCCCCGCAGGAACAAGCCCACCAUGUACAAAAUCACCACAGAGAAGCCGACUGGAGCCAUAGCCGGAGUGCAGAGAGUGGAGGCAGGGCCCAUCGAGUGGAGCUACCAGCUUCCUCACAGCUGCAGACUCUCACAGGGUCUCCGGCUGCAGCUGGUCCCCGUCCUGGCCGGUGUCCUGGAGGCGGAUCAGGACAAGUGUUGGGGAUUUGACCGUUUUUUCACCGUGACCACAAACAUCCUGCAGAGACUCCCUGUUCAUGUGUUCUGUCUGCAGCAGGCCUCUGAGCACUGCAUCUACAUACACCACUACAGCACACUGUCUGUGUUUCUGGAUGAGGUGUUCAAUCAGACCAAAGUACCUCCUCAGCAGCAGAUGUUACUCCACCUAGGACAUGAGCUGCCACUAGAGGGCAGCAUGAAGGUGAUCAAUCUGCCCCACACGUCCCCACAGCGCCCCCUCCUGCUGCUCAGCUACAGCCCCAACAACAACCCCAGCCUGCCCUUCAGAGAGCCGGAGUCUCCCGUCAUCCCACCUAAAUUUGAUGUUAUUGCAGACUACAGUUUUACUAAGGUGAUAGUCGGAGUCGUUCACCAGUAUCUUCGAAUAGUCAAAAUGCUGCACUUACAUAGAGACCUGCUGUUACAAGGAUACUACUGCUACAUUAUGAAGUUACGUGGAGAAUGCAGAGAGGCCAUGUACAGCAUAUCAAAGAUCACCUUAAGACUUCAGUCCUGUUUUAACGUUGAGCAAAGGAUACACACCCUUGGAGCCAAUGUAGACUCUGCAGACACCAGUCAAAAACUUCACCAGGUCCAUGAGCACUUGCCCAUUUACUCGUCCGGGAUCCAAGAGUUCCAGGACAGACUGGACCAUCUCCUGAUCGAACAGGCCAAACUCUCAGAGACACUCGACAACGACAAGAGUGUUCAGAAGAUGGAGAUGCUGCUGCAGAAGAUUGUGACUGUCCAUCAACAGUACAGGAAAGACAGGAUGAUCGGAAAGCUGCCAUAUAACGACGAGCAGAUCCACAAGUUUGAAAAAAUCCAACUGGCCUCCAACAUAAAGAAAGUGAAGGCGCUUUUCAGAGACGACUGUGCGGUGAAGUACAGGGAGCUGCAGGCGGCCGCGCAGAUAUGGAGCAGCGUUCUUCAGGAGAUGCAGAUCCGGCUGCAGGACUUCCACUCCUUCUCCUCUGGACUUUUGUCUGAUCUGGAGAUGUCUGAGAAGAAACAGUACAAGAGUUUAGAUCAGACCAUAUACUCGCUCCAUUCUGAGAAGUCUUUGCGUCUGACCGGUAUCGCUCCAAAAGACAAGGAUCAGAUGAUUUCCAGGAUGCACCAGCUCAAGGACGAGAUGGAGAUUUUGGUCCAAGAACUGCAGUGUAACAACAACAUCAUCGAGAGUCUGGGAGCCAUGACCUCUCCGGGACCGGACGGCAGGCCUUCGACGCUGUGACCCAUGUUUUUUGAGCUCAAACGGACCAAAUAGUUUUUACCGACUUUCACCAUCACAUCCUCUGUCAGAAGAAGGAGCCUGGGAUCACUUACAGACUAUAACAUUACCACAGGAAGCAUCCAAAGUCGAUCGAUGAAAUGUGAGUUUAAAGAAGCACAGAACAGCAAAGGAGGAAAUGGUUUGUGGACUAUAGCAACUCAAUGCUAACCUCAUUACCGCCGUAUGUAUCUCUAAUGGGAGCACGAGCUGAUGGGCUGUGGCUAUCGGCAGUUUGAAGACGUCGUUUUACCGUGACUCAGCUAUUUUCGUCUAACGCUCAGGGCUGCACAGUAUAUCGCCGAAAUAUCUAUAGUGAUGCUGUUUUGCAUGGAUGUCUAUGGCGGAAUGUUCAGCAGUUCCCAUGGUGACGCAAUGCAGAUAUGAGCAAACCCAGCCAAAAGGAUUUAAAAUAGUCUGAAAACUCAACACAAAAUGCAUUUAGCAGGAGACUGUGAUCAAUACGAGCGUUUAAGCGUUUGAUUUUCAACAAAAAGGUGAGAGCGAUUCACUGAAAAACCGUCGGCUAAUGCUAGCUAGCUUGUGACUGUAAUGUUAUUUGAGAGGGACUCGUUUAACAGCGUAAAUCAGCUCGCCUUUUGUAGUUGCAGCUAAGUCAGUUCUUUAUGGUCAGAUUGUGUUUUAAAUAAAGCUCAGAUUAAAGUCUAACUUGAGUAACAGAGCUUCAGACAGAGCAGUGCCCCCAGUUAACAUCAAACCGUCAGGGAAUGUAGAUGACAUCAGUUGCUAAGUAUCAUUUGCGACUUUGAAUGAUGCAAUACUCAAUAUCAGAAAAUAAAGAUACAGUAUUUUCCGAAGUGUAAGUCGCACCACUAUAUUUAUAGUCCAGAAAAUACAGUACUACAACACAAAAUUCUCCAAGUGUUUUUGGAAAGUAAAAGGGACAAAAUGGCCGAUUGAAUUCAUGGUUUUCCUUAAGUUCUACGUGAGACUUGGGUUGGUUUUGGUUUUAUCUUUGAUACGUUUGACUAGUAAGUAAGACAUGUUCUGGUUUUGUUUUAAAUUAAACAAACUUACUGUGCCAAAAGGUAUAUUAAAAUAUCCCAAUAAUAUUAUCUUUUUACACCGUGCAGCCCUACUUAUGCUGGAUUGGAAAGCACAUUUUGUUGAGGCAUUUUAGUUUCCAAUGUGUAUUUUAGAUCGCAUCACAAAAGCUGGAGUAUCCAACUUUAUUCUUGUAAAUAUUUAUUUUUUAUUUUUUUACCAAAGAGUAUAUUUUAAAAGUAGCAUCUGUGACUAAAUCAGACGCUGUACACUGUUUGCAUCCAUGUUUUUUUCAACCUUAGAGUAAGAAUAAAGUUGUUUCAAAGCUGUGAAUACGACCCAGUGCAUGUGAAUCCUGCUCAUGUGCCAAACGGUUUGUGAGAGCGAAGAUAAAAUAUCUACUUCCUCCUCUCACCGUUUGAAAAUCUGGUAUCUCAGGUUUAACAAGCCAAAUUCAAAAACUCACUUACGGUAAAUAGAUUGUUUCCAGUUAAUAGCACAAUAUGUUGGUUAAUCCGUUAAAAAUGACUGUUUUUAUAAAAGGAGGCAUCAUGGUGUGUGGAAUAAAAUGAUUUGUCU